AUGUCAGGAUUCUAUGAAAAGAUGAAGGAAGUAUGGAGAAGCAUUAAGACGACGUUGAGGAUUGUUGACAAGAAUGAAAAGGAUGCGCACGAGGACUUAUGUGAUAGGCUGAGAAGCGGUAGACCGAUUGAGAUGAGCGAGCUUGCAUGGAUUGAGGGAUUGUGCAAGAGGAUAGCCGAGCCAGGAUGUGAGCAGAGGAUAGAGGAAGGGUUUGAGAAGCUGAAGAGGAUGAUGGAAUGGAGGAUUGCAAAGGAAGUAGGAAUGACUAGGAAGCGAGGAUUGGAAGAAGUGGGAUCUGAGCAUGGGGGGAUGAAUGAUGAGAAGAUCAAGAAGCAUAGGAGGAGCGGAUAUCAGAAGAAGGGGCAGCUUAAGAAGGAGAAUGACGUUAGCUGGGGCGUGCUGCCAAAGAAGUACAGAGGCGAAGGAAGAACGUCAGCAGAAACGAUUGAGAGAGCAAUAUCGUAUGAUGCGGAGGAGAACUUAUUUCUGAGUUUGGGGGAGGUAUCAACAAGUGAGGAGAAGGAUUACUUUGGCGAAGAGAAUGUUAGGAAGCUGUGCCAGUCAGGUGUGCAUAGUAGAGAGAUUGGGUGCAAUUUUGGGGGAGAAUACAAUUGCAGGAGUUGUGUGGAGUAUGAGAUAAGGAAGGAGUAUGAGAGGAAGGAGAACGAGAGGAAGGAGUAUGAAGAGGAGGAGAACAGGAUGCGAAGAAAAGUAGCGAAAGAGAAAUGGGAAGCAAAGGUUCCGAAGCGAUGCUUCUAUUUUGAGAAGGAGUUUGGGAUAGAUAGGGGAGUGAUGAGAUAUACUACGGAUGAUAAGUUUGAGGUUGAAGAUCUUGAUUCUGAAGACCGGGAUAAGCUUGAAAGGAUUUUGAGCCAGGUGAGGCGAGGAAAGCUAUUUGAUAUGAAUGAGGGAGAGAGUAUGGGACUGAAUGUGAAUGAAGCAGAUAAUGAGGGAGCGAGUGGAUAUGGAUAUGAAGGAUUUACAGAGGAUAGAAGAGCUGGCAAUGUAUGCUCUAGAAUGGAGAGUGGAGUAAUGAAUGAGAAGGCAGGCGAGAGUUUGGUCGAUCAUGAAUCAACGGCAGUUGAUAAGGUGAUGGAGAACGAAAGUGAUGCAGUGAAUAAGAUGGAAGAAUGGGUGAGUGAGGAAAGCCGAAUAGGCAAAGCUAGCUCUGACACAAAGAUUGGGAUGGAAGAAAAAGACAAGCAGGAGCCAAAGCGAUUUGGGUUUUGGAAUGUGAUGAAUAAUGAUGCAGGGAAUGGAGCGAGAUGCACUGUAUUUGGGAAUGGCACGACGCUAAAGAAGAAUGGAGUAGAUGGUAUAAAUGGAGAAGGAAUGAAAGGAAUGGAAAGCGAUGAUAGAAGUGGUUUGAAUGAAGGAAUGGUGGAGUUGAAGGGAACGGGAGAGCCAUUGCUAUUGAUGAAUGAAGAAGACUUGGGCAAUCCGUUUGUUGGAGAAAUGAAAAUGGAUAAUCAAAAGGAGUUUGAAGCUGAUGGAGAUCUGAAUGGUGGUGGAGAAGUGCAUCAGGGAUCUAUGGAUGAAUUGAGUAUGUCUGGUAUGAAUUCAGGGUUGGUGUCGCUGAAGAGGAAGCUUGGAAGUGCCGAGAAAGGGCAUGAACGGAAUGGAUCUAAGCAGGAGGAGGCACCUUUUGUGUUUGGAGGGAUGAUAGCUGAUAGACAGAUGCCGAUGUUUGGGUUUAGGAACGAUGAUAAGGAGAAAGAGGUGCCUAUGAGCUUUUCAGUGAAUGGAUUUGGAGAGCAAGCAGUACCUGAGUAUGUGGGGUAUGGAGGGCCAGCAGUGUUUGGAAGUGGAAAGAGCCUGUUUGGAGGAUUGUUUUCCGGUGGCGAAGGAGGGCAGCAGCCAGCAAAGCCGAGUAUAGGAUAUACAGAUAAUCAGCCAGCAGGAGAGGAACAGCCAAAAAAGAAUAUGUUUGGAGUGGGCAUUUUGAAUGCUAUGGAAGAAGAUCCAUUUGAAAGGAGCAUAUGGAAGAAAUGA